GUGUGGGGCGUAUAUUUGUUAGUCGCACGCCGGUCGUUGAAUGGAGCGGGUGUGGAGACGUGUACAAGGUGCCGGGCGUCGCAGUGCCACAGCUCGCUGUGGUUGCCCUGUACAGCCUUGUCAGCUGCACGUGGACCAACGCGCGAAACGAGGAGGUGGUCGGAAAUCUCGUGGUGGACCGCAGACAAUUGUGUGUAGUUGUCAAGUGCAGCCAUGUCCGGUACAUCCUGUACUAAUAAGGGUUCGUCGUACUCGACCCGGGGUUGGCAACUGUGACUGUCCACCGGAAUCACAACCUUGUCCGCAUGUAGCGCGUACAUCGGCUGUACGGCGGAUUCGAAGAUGUGACUGUCCGGAGCGGCCUUGUCGACACUCGGCGGCAGGCGGUGGUACGCGGCAUCGAGUGUCGGUGCAACCCUCUUCACCUACUUUCUCUCAAGCGAGCCAGUCGAAUCAACAGCAGCAGCAGCCGUGCGAGUGCGCCGAAAGAAUAAACUGCACCCACACAGGCGGCGGUGAGUGCGAGUGCGGCGAGGAAGCAAAGCCGUGUUCGCACACGGUCAGGCAACGCCGGUCCCGUCGCACGUGCGAUUGCAGUGGAAGCGGUUCGCAACCGUGCAGCCAUAAACCGCAGCACGAGGGUAGAAUAAAGCGUGUUAAGUGCCGCGUGAGGCGCGCCGGUUGCGCUAUGGCCAGGUGCACAGCGGAACUCGCGAUGCUGCACCUGCACUGGGGCCUCGCCACCGAAUGUGCCCCCUGCAGACCCCGUGCGCUCACGCGACGGCUGUGCAGGAGGCAGCAAAGCGACAACGAGCUCUACAGGAGCAACAGUUUCAAAUUUGAACGGUUCGAGAGGAGCAAGGACGAAUGCGCGACCCCUCUACGGAAGCAGAUUUCCCUGUGCGACGACUACAGUCUACCGGUCGAUUUUGUUAAUAAAAGACGUCCUGCAAGUGCUGCGGCUGCAACAUCUACGGUCCAGUGGGCGCUUCCAAGUCCUACCGUAGAGAACGCGGAAGUCGAGGUUGUGGAACAAUACAGCGACCCAAAGGACAGUAAGAACAAGGCGUAUGUCGAGCCAGGAGCUGAGACAUCCCUGCCGACGAUCUACAGCAAAGUAAAUCGCAACUAUUGCCGACCUUACACGGAUCCAUCCGCUUCCGGUUCUUCCUGCGAGGAUGACGAGGAGAGUCGGCAGGUGGACAUCAGAAAACGCAAGAACAGUUUAUACGCGUCUACCUCGACGCGCGCUCCAUCAAUAGACAGGGAGAAAGAGUUGAGCUCUGCCGAGGGGGCGUUAGUCGACUGCGUGGCCCUGGUUCAUCUCACCGAUCAAUCGCCAACCGAGUCCAAUCAACCGGUCCGUCAUCCAUCGCCCUAUUACUACGGCGACUUGUUCAAGGUACCGGAGCAAAUAAGCAAAUCACAACCGAACAGGUAUAGAAAGAGCGUGAGCCUCGACGUACCGGGUGAACGGUCUCGAACACCCGGUAUACCGAAGAGAAACUCGGUGGCGGGUGAUGGGGGUUCCUAUUCGUCCCAGCAACAGCAACCGCAACAGCAGCAGCAACAGCAACCACAGCAGCCGCUACAUUAUCAGCAGCAGCAGCAGCUACAGCUACAGCAACAUCAAUUACAGCAACAUUAUCAAAGUCAGGAUCUAGUGAGCCCCACGUCGGGGAGCGAGCAUGCUGUCCCAGCCAGAAACGAGAUCCUCUCGUCGUGCAUCAUCACCGAGUGGGAUCACACCCUCAUGCCUCCUCAUAGAUUGUUAAGCCAUGACCUACCGACCACCGUUUGUACCUGCGUCGCAUCGGCUGAGGAAGAGGAGGAUGAGCUAGAUCAACGGCAGCCGCAAUUAACGCGGCACCAAGUGCGCAAAUUACGCCGUACACGGAGGAUAGACCCGCAGCCGAUACUCGUCGAGGACGAGGACGACGUGGAGGGAGAGGACGAGGGCGAGGAAGAGGAGGAGGAGGACGUGGAGGUGGAGGAAGACGAGGAAGAGAUGGCUAGGCAACGUCACCUCUACGAGACGGCCUUCGACUGCAAGGUCAAUCGUUCCGACGAUGACCUCGAUGACCUCGAUCGGGUCACCAAUCAUCCCGUGUUGCAUUCCCAGAUAAGAAGCAGCAGCGCGAUACCAGUGAGCAGAACGAGUUCAUCGACGGACACGUCCAAGCAACAGCAACAGCAGCAAGCUCCGUACGCUGGUCAGUCCCACAGCAACAAAGAUCGACGCAAAGUCGUACUUCUCCGCCCAAAACCUAUUCCGAGCCGUCUUCAGCAGCAGCAGCAGCAACAGCAGCAGCAACAGCAGCAAUCAGACAAUAUUUCUACUCUGUCCCAGGACAUCGAAUCCCUCCAGAUCAAUUCGAGCGACGAGAAGACCGGUUCGCCGAGAUUACCGGCCCGUGGUUACACACCGUCGCCGCCAUCCACGGCACCGUUGCCCGCCAAAUUCCACGGCAAUCGUGACCACUUGUUGUUAAACAUACGAAGCACGCCCAAUCUACCCUCUCAACCGGACCAUCCGCGUCUCAAAGAUCUCAGAUUGCCUGUCAAAUCCUCGUUGAGGGCGAAAGAUUCGCCGCAGAGCAGCGAGGGCAGUAUCCUCGAGAUCAAGAGUAGACCGAAGAGUUUUGCUCAAGAAACCGUCGAGUCGUCGCAAGGGCGGCGUUUCGACAAGGAGUUGAUCCUAGAGUUCAAAGGGAGGCCGAGGGAGGACAGGCAACGACCGAGGAGCCUGAUCCGCGAGAGUAAGCCUAUCAUGGAGUUCAAGGGGAGGCCCCACGAGGCCGAGAGCGAUCUCUUACGGCCCCGAAGGGACGUCGGCCUGUUGGAAUUCAAACUGCGUACCAGUAGACGCAGACCGGGCUACUCGAGCACCGAGAGCAUGGCCACGAGUAGCAGCGGCGGCAGCAUGGAGUCGCUACGAAGCAGCACCAGCGAGGGGAACAGAUCGACGAGCAGCUCGGAGAGCCGUCACAGCACCAGCCUGAGCUCUCACAGCUCGGACAGCGGCGGCACGAAUUGCUACCACCACCACCAGCAACCCUCGAUGACCGGUUUCUUGACCCACCACGCGAACAAGUUGCACAUACUCUCCCCCAUCUCUGACAAGUCGUCCCAAGAGCCCGCGUCCGAGACCUCGGACAACAAUCGAAACAACAACUCGCAGAAAGCCUCGCCCGAGGAGAACGUGACCACCGAGAACAACGUGACCGCCACGAAUAACACCAAUACGAACACCGGGAACACGAAUUCGGUUACUUCGCCGAUGGACACGUCGUUCAAGAAGAGGCGGACGCCACAGAACAAGAAUCUGAUCAAUUUGGCCCUGCAAUCCUCGUCGUCGGGCGAUGCGGAGAUCCAGGGAUCGGACAGCGGGAUCUCGAUCGAGUCGCGGGCCGGGAUCAAGUGCAAACCGUUCGGUUUCCACUUGUUGAAACCGCAAUUGGACAAUAUCAAUCUGGUGGACAACGAGCCCGAGCUCUCCGAUCUUCCUUUUGACAUGCCGAAACUGCGUAGAAGGCGAUUGCUUAUGCAACAAGACGCAACCACGUCUGGGAGCGCGACGAGCGUGGAUUUAAGGGACUUGCCGUUCGACAUGCCGAAACUGAAAAGAAGGCUCAGAUGCAUGCAGAGCACGGAAUCCAGCGGAUCCCAGGCAUCCUCCAGCCUUUCCGUGCGUGACGUCGAACCGCCUGCGUUGUUCGGCGGCGGACUGGCGCGUCCGAAGAUGACACUGAAUCUGGACGCUGGGAACGGGACUGGCAACGGUGGAAACAGCGGUCAACUUCCACCUAAAAAACCGGGAGGUCUCAGCCUUGGAUUGCCACUCGAGAUUAACACCGCCCGAGGAUCCGCUGAUCUGGUCGACGUGGGCCUUCCUCUGGAGAGACAAGGAUGGUACCACGGAUCCAUCACAAGGAUCGAGGCGGAAGCUGUCCUACGACUUCUGAGAGAAGGAAGUUAUUUGGUGAGGAACAGCGAAUCGACCAAACAAGAUUAUUCUUUAUCGUUAAAGAGUGCUCGCGGUUUCAUGCACAUGCGUAUCCAAAAAAAUGAAGAGUUGAACGCGUACAUCCUGGGUCAAUUUAGCAAACCGUUCGACAGUAUACCGGAAAUGGUUCGUCACUUCAGCGUGAACCGUCUUCCGAUACGUGGCGCCGAACACAUGUGUCUUCUACAUCCAGUCAUAGCUCAGCUUUUGUAGCGCAUCUAUCGUAGCGCUGUUUAAGGCGCUUCCCACUUUUUGAUAUCCUUUUACCCACGAAGAUUACUCAAAAAAAAAAACCUGAACAGUACUCCGAAAGUUAUUUAUAAGAGGGAAAGAGAUGGUAGGUAUAUAAAAGAAAAUGUUUGUUGCGCGUGGAGAAUGAUAUUCUACAAAAAAGUCUAGAAUACAGAUAAGACACUUCGUAGUUCUAGGUUUUGAUAAUGUUCUAGUUCCGUUUUUAAAAGAGAAUUCAAUUAAUUCCUUACUAAUUCCAUAUUGAUACUGAUUUAUCAACGAUGAUAUAAUGAAAAUUUAAUAUCUAAAAUAUUAUUUUAAUAAACAUUCUAUUUAUCUUGAUAAUCUUAUUAAUCGUGUGUGUGCAUGUUCUCAAAAAUUGAAAUGGAUUAAAAAAAAACAUACUAAAAUUUAAAAAAUUUUUUAAAUAUUUUUUCUAAAAUUAUCAUCGUUUUUAUUUUUUUACAAUUAUAAAAAUAUACAGAAGAAUUCUAAUAAUUUUAUAAUUUAUAUCUAGAUUAAUAAGAUUAAUUUUCAUUUGAUAUAUAGUAACGGAAUUAGAACGAUUAAAAACUAGAACGACGAUUUGGCACUUCCAUUAAAAUUUCCAUUCCAGUCUCGCGUUCCAAUUCGAGGCUGUGACGAUUAAUUUUUUCGAGCUUCCGAGGUGGAUCGAGAGAGAAAAUGAAAAGGACAACGAUCGAAUCGAUCGAGAAAGAUGAAACUAUUCACGGGAAUAACACAGUACAAAACUUGUAAUCAGCGAAAAAUUUUUCGUAGAUUUAGCAAAUGACUUUGAAAUUAAUCGUCUUCGUUUACAUAACUCCGCACUAUAGCUUUAUUAGCCACGACAUGGAUUAGUUGUCCUGAGAUAUUAAAUUGCGACGCUUCGAUGAUAUUUUAUUCCGAUAAGAUUAUUAUAAAGGAAAGAAAGCAUUUUUAUAUUCGAAACGAGCGUUCAAGGAUUCGAUGAUCAUUUCAUUCAAUCGUCUUCCCCCCUCAAAAAAAGCAUCGCGCAACUCUACCUCUCUCUGUGAAAGAGAGGUGCCUCUUUAUUUUCGCGAAAUGAAUUUCAACAAUUUCAUUCGAUUAAAAUGGCUUGCAUAGGAGUUAAUAGGAGUAAGAUAGUAAGAUAACGCAGUAGAGAAACGAAGAUUGUAACAAAGGAAAGUCUGUUUUUUUCCAGAAUGAUUUUAAAGGAAGGUAUAUAACGUUUAUGUGUAUAAAUAUAAGAGAAUUAGCGGAGUAUCGAUGACGUAGAAUGAUUGAUAUAUCGUGGGACGGAAAGAGAGGCGUGGAGAGUUCGUGGAAGCACCGUAAGAGCUUUACAAAAAAAAAAAAAUGGUUGUUCCUUGUGCUCGUGGCGAAGCCACGAGUUUCUUGUAAGAAACUUAUCAAUGGGAUCAGAGUUGUCGUAUUACGAUAAUCUAGGAAGAGGUAAUACGUGCUUUAGAAUUAGAUAUACACGUAGUUGGCCGUGCCACGUGGCCACUGCCGAAGAGCUGGAAGCCAAAGAAAAGAGUUAAGUCGUGUUUUCGUUCGUGCGAGGAAAGGCAGGGAGAAAGAAGUAGAAGACGAAGAAUGGACGAGGUAACGUGGUUCCAUAACCGCGGUUCAAAGUUUGCCAAAGUUUACUGCUAAUCGUCUAAUCAUUUAGUCGAAGUUUUUAGUUAUAUUCGUCGUCAUUGAUAAGCGAUUAGGCUCAGACCGGUAAAAUUGAUCUGACAGUUGCUUGGUAAUAUCGAAUAGAGAAACGAGGGAAGAAUGGACGUGAACAUGAUGAUGAUAAUGAUGAUGAUGAUGAUAAUAUUUUUUCGUCCGGACUGACCGGUGAAGAAAAGUGAAUAAAGAUGAUCGAGGUCAGCCAAUCCGAACCAUCGAUGGCUCGUCACUCGAGUCAUCCGUCCGACAGUCUCUUAUUUUUGGGAGAUUUUUGCGAUAGGUGGCAACCGAUACAUAUUUUUUCAUGUGAUAUUGAAUUUGUUACAGAGAUAGCCUAGUUUCACCUGUGAUCUGUUACUUAAUUCCCUUUAUCCAUUGUCUGUUGGUCGCUGUGUGCAAUAUUCUCGUACGUACGAUUAUGAUAAUACGAUAAUAAUAAUAAUAAUAAUAAUAAUAAUAAUUAACAAUAACGAUAGCGUAAUAAUAAAAUUAACGAUAACGAUACUUUUUAAGUCGAUAUUGUAAUUGGGUAAUCAGCAACGACGCGUAUCUAACGAACGCGAUACGAGAGACGUCCGUGGUGUUACAAUAAUUAUUUCGAGAUUAGGAUUCGAUUCGCAUACGGUUGUGAACGAGUUUUCUUCUUUCGUUGGUCAAUUGAGUCUGUGGUGGCACGUAACCAAAUAUUUUAUGUACUUCGUCAUCGAUUAAACAUAAUCUAGAGACCACAUCAUACGUAGACGAGUGCCAUGAUGCCUGCAAUAGUAAUCUUAGAUACGAUUUUUCCUAGGUAUUAUUUAUUUUCUUAUCGUUAGAUAUAUUCCAUUCCAAAUUUGUUGAUUUGUUGAUGGAAAUCGCGUAUAUCGCGAAUACCAGUGUAUUUAUUUCAUUAAGUAAAUUGCAAACGAAUAAUUACCAAAUGUACGUAUAUUUGGCACUCUCUACCAUUCCUUUCUCGAUUAGGUUGAGUGUAAUACAUACACGUUGUACUUUAAGCUGCCAGUAUUAUUAACUGUAAUCGAUAAUGCAUAUCCAUGUUAAUAUUUAAGACAUUAUAUUGUUCCCAACCCUUUAAUGAAUUAUUAUCGAGGAGGGGGAAAAAAAAAUAAGUAUAAUCUAUCUGUACGUAUAUUUAUUUGGCAUUCUAUUUAUUGCAUUGUGUCAUUAUAAGCCAAUGAUCUUACUGUCAUGAUUCCGUGUAUACCGUUGAUUUUAAGAUCAUAGCGAGGUAAUCUAUGGUAAUAUUAUUAUUAGGUUAGGUAUAUUUAGCAGACGUAGAUUAAAGAAAAAAACGCCGUUCACCAAAAUGAAUAAAAGGGGAGGAAAAAAAGAAAAAAAAGAAAAAAAAAAGAAAAAAACACAAGAACAAGACAGUCGUAAAUUAUGUGGUAGAUACUUGUAGAUACUUCCUGUACCUUGAAAUUUAUAUGAAGUAGAAUCUAGCCCCAAAUGUAUACAUCAUUACACGUAUACAUAAAUAUUGUAUUAUUAUUACAAGAAACACUAGCGCAUAGUCGUUUGUAGGAAGAUGUGAUCGAACGUCAAGAUGGGGAAAUGAUCGAAUGGAGGAAAAUGGAGAACGAGUCCAAUAUUAUUAUAAAAGACUAUUCGAAGCGCUGUGUACACCUUUUAUGUAAACGGUUUUCGAACGGUGUGUGAUGUGCAAUAAACGAAGAGCGAUCUAGUGUAGUCAUGAUGCGUGGUAUUUUUGUUUCUAGCAGACCACCGAUGUUCCAAAUCGACUUCACUAGAUAGUCUUGUGUACUCCGAAAUUCCCUCUUAAUAAUAAAACAUUUAAUAAAACAA